ACUUGUGUAACCAGUCCCCACCACUAACAGCACCUCCCCAGAAAAAUCACCACACUUUUUCAUCAUCAAAAAACAAAAUCCCACCAUUUUCUCUUUUCACUCCAUUCGAGAAAAAAUAAAAAGAAAAAAAGAAAUUCAUUGCGCCGAGUUUCAACUUUCCUCCCCAAACUUUCAAUUUCAAAUCCCUACCUGUGGAUACUCUUGGUCGCCGAUAUGGCGACAAAUCCACCGGAGGGUUACGCCUCCGACGAUUUCCUCGAGCAAAUCCUUGCUAUUCCCGCGUACGCCGGUCUCGCCGGAGCCGACGGCAGUAAUCACUCGGAUAAUACUUCGUUGAACGAUACUUUGGUGUCUCAUCUAGGUUCUGUGAGCGCCGCCGCGAGCCUCCACCAUCACCACACGCCGAUGUUUCCGCUGAGCCUCAGCCUCGAUAAUGGCCGUGACUCCGUGAACGACGACGGAGCCUAUGCCGUGAAGCCUGAGAGGGAAGCACUUAACACUAACAUGGGGAGUUUAUAUCCUGCGUUUGACCAUCUACAGGCUCAUGCAGCACGUCAUCCCAUGCCUCAAUUUCAACAGGCCUUUCAAGGUCAACCCACAGUAAGCAAUGCAGUAACUAUGCCACAUCCACCUGUCAUUAGGCCUAGGGUUCGUGCAAGGCGAGGCCAAGCAACAGAUCCUCAUAGUAUUGCUGAACGGUUACGUAGAGAAAGGAUAUCUGAAAGAAUCAAGGCCUUGCAAGAACUUGUUCCCAGCUGCAACAAGGUGCGUGCCUCCACUUCUUAUGAGAUAUAAAUCUUACAG